AACGAUCGUGUUGUUUGAGAAAAGGCGGGCUGUUGUGCCAUCGUUCAGAAACACGCAGCAAACAGGAAACGCGUCUUGUUUUCUUGUGGCGUUGUGAAUUCACGCCAAUGUGUUAAUAAUAAUGUGUUUUUAAAUCUGUGCUUGACAAGAAAAGUUUGUGAAAAUUAUUUUAUUGUUUGCAUUUGUUGCUGUAUUUCGCAUUUUUGAUUUGCAUUCGUUGCUGUUUUUUGCGCAUCAUCAUGAGUUCUUCGCCGCUGUCUCCUUUGUUCUUCCCUCCAUCCGAAACGCUUGGCGAUGAAACGUACUGUCCCAGUCCGACACAGUUGUCGCCAAAAAAUGCGCCAACCCCGGAGGAAUCCAUCAGCCCGGAAACGAGCCCCAAACGCAAUGCUAAAAGGAAAUUGUCCAUAACCGACGGUAAAUGUGUGGCGUGUUUUCUGGAGGUCACAGCGACCAUCUCAUGCUGCGGUUGUUACGACCAGUUUUGUGACCACUGCAUCAGCUUGCUCGAAAGGAAAUGUCCCCGUUGUGUGGCGAAAGCAGCAGCGCCUCCAAAGAUGCCUCCCAACUGUAAAGGCCAUGAUAAGGAAUUGGCCUUUUUCUGCUUGACGUGUGAGACGGAAAUCUGCUCGGAAUGUAUCCUGGAGGCGACUGACCAUAAGAGACACCCAUUCGAUCGUCUGGAAGCGGUCUACCUCGAGAAGAUUGCUGUAACAGAUGACAAGGUUGCCAAAAUCGGUCUGCAGAUCGAAGAGAUUGAGAAAAACACGGAAAUGGCACGGAAAAAUCUAGACCUGAUUACCGCAGUGGGUGAUGCCAUGCUAGCCGAGUUGCAAGCCAUUCACGAUGCAGCCAAAAUGGAAGUGCAGGAAAUCCUGGACGAAAAACGCGAAGAGCUGGAAAAGCGGAUCAAUCUUCCCGAUGAACGGAAGGCACUGGUGAAGAAGCUCCAGGAUGACAUCAAAGCGUUGGGACAUUUUGGGUUCAUCAAGCAGCAGGAACGGUUCAACGAACAGUGCGACGGGCUUUUGGAACAAUGUCAGAAGUUUUCGACGGAUUUGAUUGACCAUUACGAUAUUGGAUGUGAGCUGAUUCCGGCAACGAAAAUGACAACAUACAAAUGCAAUUGGACUGAGGGAAAACAGGAACUGCUGAACAUACUCAUCGACGACAGUACCGGGGAAAGCUGGAAAAUGUCCUUGAUCAAAGGCGAUACGGUUUGUCUCAAGGUUGCUCCGAACGAAAGCAUUCCUGUGAUCACAAGCCACAAAUUCAAAGUGACCACCGAAAUAUCCAAUAACGAUAUUUCCAAAUCGCUCCGAAAGCGAUUUGUAAUUCAACGAAAGAUGUCACAAUUCGAGUUGGCAAAUGUGGAACUGAUAUCUACGGAAGGCUAUUUGGAGGAUGACACAAUGCUGUUCCGCAUCGCCAUUGAGCCGUUGAAUGUAAUCGAAGCCUACGAUCAUUACAAGGAUAAGGUUGCAAUGUUGAGAAGCUCCGUGGAACAGUACAAAAAUUUGCUCAGUGCAUCGAAAGGGGCCUAUGACGCGUUGAAAACUAACACUGAUUGUUUGAAAAGCUACUCUGUGGGAUACUUCGCCCUUGAUUACGGUGCCCUUCAGAGGCAAACUAAGAAUGGAUUCGUCUCUCCGAAUAUUGUCGAUUUCAACGGCAAUGAAUGGAAGAUGGAAAUUAAGUUUGAGCGCGAUGAAUUCAACAAGAUCUUGCUCAGUACUUACGUAUUUCCCGCUCGUUUUGUCAACAGCAGUGAGCAUGCUCGUCGAUGCGCGUAUUUUAUCGAAUUGAUGCAUUCCAACCCGGAUGAGAUUGUUCGUGGUUAUGCGGAGAAUUUGUUCGAAGAAAACGGUUUGGGCCGCGGUUGGAAGGGAUUCAUUGAACGUAUGCGUGUUCUGAAUGAUGUCGGAUUUCUGAGGAAUGGAAAGGUUUGGUUCCGUUACGGUGUACGUCCUUCGGCUUAACUUGGACGAGCAACACCUGUGGUGUUGAUUUUAAAGGUUUUAUUUCAUUGAUUGAUGCCCCAUGUGUGGCGAGUAUGAUUUACACAUAUUUUUUUCUGUUUGUUUUGCAGUCAUGAGUAUGCAAUCACUUGAAUUAUUAGACAGUAAUAAAUCGAUAACAUCCCACUAAUAAAUAUUGUCCUGAGUA